GUUGAGGUCUCAACACAGAAGACAAGAACAUCACCAUGCUCCCACUGAUUAUAUUAUUCUUGAGAAUUUUCCAAAAUCAGGCUACCAGUCUGAUUCAGAACUCCACUGGAUCUCUGGAUGCAAAUGGGGUCUGCCAUUGCUCUGUCAUGCACCCAGAUUCCACCUUCCCGGUGGAUCGAAUGGAGAGCUUGGAAAUAGCAAACCGAAACCUGACCAUAACUGUCAAUGAAGAAAUCACCAAGAUCCACAGCUAUGAGAGCACAGUGAGUGUCUACAUGGAGCAGCUGAAGGGCCUAACCAAACGUGUGGAGGCAAUGGAGAAAGGAGGUGUCUCCUACUCUGAGCUGGACUUCGAGCUCAUCAAGCUGGAGAUCAAAGAGAUGGAGAACGUCAUACUGCAGCUAAAAACCUCAUUAAAUGGCUCAAAUGUGAUUGUGGAGACUCUCUACCAGGAGAUUCGCAAUAUUUCCGUCAUGGUUAGUCAACUGGAGGUCUAUGAUAAGAACAAUGUCCUGGUGAUCAGACGGGAGAUUGGCGAGCUACAGAAACGGUUGGAAGAGUGUCAGCAAAACGAUUCUAAACCAAAUCUAUGGUCCCUUCCUCCAGCACACUACGGUACUUGUGACCAUGGACACAGUGUGAAUAUCAGUAAACCGUAUAUAGUGCAGCAGAAUUUGAAUGGUGCAAGCUACCCAUCAGGAGGAUGGGGAAAAGACUCAUUAUUGGGAGCUGAUCAGUCCACUUUUUGGGUUGCCCCACUACCUACUGACGGACGCGUGAUGUAUUAUAUAUACAGCUAUCCUUCUUAUAAUGACCUUCUGCUCUACAAACACACGGCAUCAAAAACCCUUAGCGGUUCUAAUUACGGGCAAGGUGCUGGAAUGAUUAUGUACAACGAUACAAUGUAUUAUAAUUGCUACAAUUCCAAUAAUCUCUGCAAAUACAACAUGAAAACUAAUGUAGCCCAGCAAUUGGCACUAAGAGAUGCAACUUACAACAACCGCUUCUCCUAUGCAUCCACACCUUGGCAGGACAUCGAUCUUGCGGCCGAUGAAGAGGGUCUUUGGGUCAUUUAUGCAAAUGAAAAAGAGGGUGGGAACAUUCUUAUUAGCAAACUUGAUGCUAACACAUUGGAAGUAAAGCAAACCUGGUCCACCUCACUUUACAAGCCAGGUGUUUCCAAUGCUUUCAUGGUCUGUGGGGUCUUGUAUGCUACAAGAAUCUACAGAACAAAAAUGGAGGAGAUCUUCUACAUGUAUGACACUAAAACUGGUAAGGAAGAGAAUCUGAGUAUCCCCUUUGAGAAGAUGAAGGACACAAUGCAUAGUCUGUCCUACAACCCAAAUGACCGCAAGCUCUACAUGUACAGUGAUGGAUUCCUGUUCACCUAUGACCUCACUUUCUUGCCAAACAAAUAAAACGUUUAACAUGUGCCCUAAUAUUGAAUAGAAAAGCUAGCUUAAAAAAUAAUCUUAAAGAGAGCUACCCAAUUAAAAAAUGUACCAUUUUCUUUUAUUUAA